AUGAUGAAGUUCUUGAUCAUCGCGCUGUCGGGCGACGAAAGAAAGCAUCACUGGCUAGGCUCUAGCGCAAAGUCCGCGCCACUUCAGUCACUUGCACAACAAUGGGCGCAAGCCCACAGUGUUUCGGAGACGGGCGUGGCAUUGGAGAAAGAUGGAUCAGAGCUGGACUUAAGCAGAUCACCCAGCGACUAUGCUUGGGAGACCGAGCAGGUGGAGCUGUAUUCUUGGCCAACAAAGGAAGAGUACAUGGAGGAGGACUCUGUCAUUGAGCCGGCAGCUUCAUCUGCAGUUGAAGGCACACCAACUACGGCACGUUUGAACGGGGAGGCGUCCAGCUCCACACGACCAGAACCAGAAAGCACAAAGAAGGGAGUUGCCAAGCCAUCGCAGGUCAAGCUCAAACCGGAGACAAAGAAAACUCCAGGUGGGGUCAAACCAAAACCAAAAGCAAGUCGUUCCAAGCCUGCAGGUGGAGGCGCGGAGAACAAGGAGGCCAUUCCAGGCCCUGAUGAUCCGAUUGAGUUUCUUCAACAGAAUCCGAAGAAGGCGGGUGGCAAAGGCUUUGACCGCUACGAGAAGUACAAAUCAGCACGGACCAUCACCGAGGCCAUGUCGCUCGGGGCAGCCAAAGGCGACAUCCAGUUUGACUGGCAGCGAGGGUGGUUGAGACGGAAGUGA